AUGGUGAUCUAUCUAUCUAUCUAUCUAUCUAUCUAUCUAUCUAUCUAUCUAUCUAAGAUAGAUCACACUAUCUUAUGUAUUCUAUCUAUCUAUCUAUCUAACGUGUUUUAUCUAUUUAUCUAUCUUUGUGUUCUAUAUCUAUCUAUCUAUCUAUCUCGGACUAUUUUUGUCUUUCUAUCUAUAUUAGUGUGUCCUAUCUAUGAUAAGAUAAAGAAUAAAUACGAAACAUCUAUCUAUCUAUCUAUCUAUCUAUCUAUCUAUCUAUCUAUGUGUGUUCUGUAUCUAUCUAUCUAUCUAUCUAUCUAUCUAUCUAUCUAUCUAUCUAUCUCUACACUGUUCACAUCUAUCUAUCUAUCUAUCUAUCUAUCUAUCUCUCUAUCUAUCUAUCUAUCUAUCUAUCUAUGUGUGUUCCGCGUCAGUCUAUCUUUCGAUGUAUCUAUCUUUGCGUGUUCUAUCUAUCUAUCUAUCUAUCUAUCUAUCUAUCUAUCUAUCUGUUCUUCCGUCAUUAUCUGUAACGACGGGAAUAAAUGGUCGGGUUGGUUCCAGGAGGUCGUGGUGAAAGGGAAUUGCAGUAUGUAUUGGUGGGUGCAGGGGCGGUUACUGCCAUGCGCCAGGAAGUGCCUUUCAACGGUUCGUAAUUCCAAAACGCUAUCAAGCCGGUAUCUCUCACCUUCGCCCCCCCACCCUCCCGCAUUUUCCUUAAUUUCACAAUUCCUCACCUCUUCUUUUGAGUUUUUUUUUUUAUUUACCGAGCAUCAUAUUGCGUGUACGGUUUAUUUUGAAUUUGUUACGGAAGCUAUCUAUCUAUCUAUCUAUCUAUCUAUCUAUCUAUCUAUCUAUCUAUCUAUUUCACCCUGUUCAAAUCUGUUACAUCCUGAUAAAACAUCUAUCUAUCUAUCUAUCUAUCUAUCUAUCUAUCUAUCUAUCUAUCUAUCUAUUUCCUUGUUUCUAAUCUGUUACAUCCUGAUAAAAAAAAUCAUUUAUCUAUCUAUCUAUCUAUCUAUCUAUCUAUCUAUCUAUCUAUCUCACCUGUCUCUGUUAUUCUCUUUUGUGUUAUUCUGCUCUGUUCAUUACUUUCUCUCUCUAUUUCUCGUCUCUUUUUCUUUUUUGUCUCCUCUUUUUCUCUUCCAAGUCUCUUUUUUUCUCUUUUAUAUUCCUUCCUUUUUUUUCUUUUUUUCUCUUCCUUUGAUUUCUUUUCUCUUUGUUAUUUUUUUGUCUCUCCUUUUUCUCUUUCGAGUCUCUCUUAUUCUCUUUUCUCUUUUUCUGUCUUCCCUUUUUUUCUCUUUCAAAUCUCUCUUGUUCUCUUUUGCAUUUCUGAGCUUUUCUUUUAUUCUCUUUCCUUUUUCUACUCCCCCCCUUUCUUUUUUUUUCUUUUUCUAUCUAUCGUUAAUUCUUUCUUUAAAAGUUUUCUCUUUUUCUUUUUCAUCUAUUUCUCAUUUUUCUCUUUCCAUUUCUUUUCUCUUUGUGUUUUUUUUUGUGCGUCUCCUUGUUCCCUUUCGAUUCUCCCUUAUUCUCUACUCUCUUUUCUUUUUCUCUUUCGAGUUCUUCAUCAUUUUUUUUCUCACUCUCGUCUUCCAUCUUUUUCUUCUUCUUUUUCUCUUUAUUCUUCUUCUCAUUAUUAUUAUUAUUCUCAUCCUUCUUCUUCCCUCCUCGUCAUUCUUCUUCUUCUUCUUCUUCCCUUCUCCUCCUCCUCCUUCCCUCCUCCUCCUCAUUCUUCUUCUCCCUCUCCACCUCCUCCUCUUUCUCAUUUCACCUCCUUUUCCUUCCCUCCUCUUAAUUCUUCUUCUUCUCAUCAUUCUUCUUCUUCUUCUUCUUCCCUCCUCCUCCUUCUUCGUUCCUCCUCCUCAGUCUUCUUCCCUCCUCCUCCUUCUGCUUCUCUCCUCCUCGUCAUUCUUCUUCUUCCCUCCUCCCCCUCCUACUUCUUCUUUCCUCCUGGGUGGACCCCAUAACACCUUCCCUCCUCCUCAUCGUUCUUCUUCUUCCCUCCUCCUCCUCCUCUUUCUUCUCCUUUUUCUUCCCUCCUCCUCCUCCUUAUUCUUCCCUCCUCCUUCUUCCCUCCUCCUUCUUCCCUCCUCCUUCUUCGUCUUCUUCCAAGACUUUCGUUUAUAA